AUGCUCGGACAGCUCCUGUGGAAGUGCUUCAGCUUCGUCUACGCCUCCGCUAACCUGCUCGCUGUCCUCAUCCUCGCAGCCGUGCGGGACGGGGCAUUCUUCAAGCGGCCGAGCAAGGAUGCAGUUCGAGAGCUGCAGAUUGGUAUACUUGAAAUCCAAUCGUUUGAUGACUCCGAGCUAAGAGAUCGCAGCUCAGAAACAGUCGUCAAGACCGAAUCGCUACUGAGGAAAGACAGCCCCCAAUUUCCUCAGGAUGGUCCUUCCCAACCGCAGAACGUCGCUGUGUUCAUCCAUGGCUUCCCUGAUUCCUACCUUCUCUGGAAGAAGACACUCGGAGCAUCGUCCCUUGACUCCCAGACUCUCAUCGCUGUCGAUCUGCCCGGCUAUGGCGGGAGCGAGGGCAUCGAGACAUACAGCGCGAACGACGUUUUGGAAGCCAUGACGGAGUUCAUCCUGGGUAUGCGGGAGAAGUAUUUGAAAGAUCAGGCAAAGAUGGUGGUUGUCACACAUGAUUGGGGAGCCGUCAUUGGAGCGAGGCUUGCGGCUGAGGCUUCUCAGCUCGCUGAUCGUUGGGUGAUCGCGAGCGUUUUGAUCCCAGAGCUUGCAUAUUCCAACACCACCGCCAAAGCUGCUUCCGCGAAGCAGAUGCUUCAUACGUAUCUUCGACAGCCUCUACGAGUUUCUCUUCUGAAGAACGCGUCUCGGACGCUGGAGCCUGUGGUGAGCCAGAUGAGGCGCUCUUUCUACGUCUUCAUCUUCAACCUACCCUGGCCGCUCGCACCCAUCUUCCCCACUUUCGGAAACUACUGGUUCCUCCGUCUACUCCACAAGGCCGGCAUUGGCCGCAUCGCACCGGGCAAGUACCGCAAGCUCACUUCGAAGGAGGCAGGCGACGCCAUGGCUUCGUCAGCAGGACCUGGCUUAGCCCAGCUCGAUGAACCCAACGGCUACGCCACGUCCCUGAAGAAGCGCCUUUCCAAUAACGGCAUGUUAGAGAAGGUCCGCAUCUAUCGCGAAGGCCUUUUCCGUGGCCCGUGGGAGAAGUCCAUCGAAACCGUCGUCGCACUCUCAGAGAUCCAGUCCGACGGCAAGCGCGGCUCUGGUGGUUCUCGCGCAGGCCUGUUCGACGACGGUCCGCCUGGCGCGCUCAAGGCGCCUGCGACGAUCGUGUAUGGCGCUGACGACCCGGCGUUCGAGAGCCGGCUGGCACUCGAUGGAAUUGCGGAUUACCUGGCGAAGGAUAGCCAGGUGGUCGUUCUAGAAGAGUCGGGACACUGGCUGCCGCUUGAAGAGUUGGGGAGCAGCGCCAUUGAGGAGGUGGUGGGCUGGGCGAUGGGCGGCGAACAAGGCGCACUGAAGGAGAGGUUUGCAGGCAAGUGGAAGGAGAAUGUGAGGUUCCGUACGCAGGUGUAG